GCUAAACACCAUAAACAUGACAGCAAAUCUACUAAUCCAAUCCACCCACUUCAAACAGUUUUUUUAAUCAAAGAAACGUGGACUUUAAAAGAUAAAUGAAAUGAAGCAUGUAGUCAGUUUGUUCGUAUUGCCAGCCCGAUCGGUCACAUCGGGGUCUUUUUACAGGCUGGCAGUUAAGGUACCGACAAUAGUCGCAGCGUGCAGAUAGCAGCAUGUAAACGACAUUUUUAUUUUUUAAGUAAUAUUACCGCAGUGAGAUUGAUUUCUCCAAAUUGCAGUUAUUUAUGCAUUGCACUACAAACAGGCCACAUUGAAACGUUAUGGCCGUAUCCAAAUCGAGGGCAGCGGUGGCACUUGGAGUAGCAGGAUUACUUGUGCUUGUUUUAGGGAUCGUCCUGGUGUUUGUGGGACCUCUCAUAAUUGACGAUCAAAUAAUAAAGAAUGUGGAGAUCAACCCAAAGAAUGACUUGUCCUACACCAUGUGGAAAGACCUUCCUGUGCCGUUCUUCAUGUCGAUCUACUUCUUCAACAUCCUCAACCCUGAUGAAAUUCUGAAUGGGGAGAAACCAGUGGUGGAGGAGAGAGGCCCGUAUGUCUACAGGGAAUACCGUCAAAAGGAUAACAUAACAUUCCAUGCCAACAAGACGGUGUCAUACCGGGAGUAUCGGCAGUACCACUUUCUGAGGAACAUGUCAGUGGGCAAUGAGUCUGACGUGGUCACCAUCCCCAACAUGCUAGUGCUGGGCGCAGCAGUGAUGAUGGAGGACUUGUCGCAGGAGUUACGUGGUCUCCUUAGCUCCGUCUUCAGUGCGUUCAAGGAGGAAGCCUUUCUCACUAAGCCGGUGGGUGAGCUCAUGUGGGGCUACGACAGCCGGCUGGUGCAGUUCCUUAACAAGAUCAUCCCAGGCAUACUGCCUGCAUCGGGCAAGUUCGGCCUGUUUGCCGAGUUUAACAACUCCAACACUGGACUUUUUACCGUGUUCACUGGCCAGGAUGACAUCAGAAAAGUCCACAGAGUUGAUUGGUGGAAUGGUCUCAAGGAGCUGAGCUACUGGAGGACCAAGCAAUGCAACAUGAUCAAUGGCACUGCUGGCCAGAUGUGGCCCCCCUUCAUGACCACAGAGUCCACCCUGCCCUUCUACAGUCCCGAUGCCUGCCGGUCAAUGGAGCUGGUUUACCAAAGGCCAGGGGUCUUGCAGGGAAUUCCUGUCUAUCGCUUUGUGGCGCCCACAACGCUCUUUGCCAAUGGAUCAGACUACGCUUCAAAUGAGGGCUUCUGCCCCUGUAGGCAGUCUGGUAUCCAGAAUGUCAGCACGUGCCGGUUCAAUGCUCCGGUGUUCAUCUCCCACCCACACUUCUACAACGGGGACCCAGUCCUCCGCGACUUUGUUCAGGGGCUCGAUCCUUCAGAGGACAAGCAUGGCCUCUUCAUCGACAUCCAUCCGGACACCGGCGUGCCGAUGAACGUAUCCAUCCGGCUGCAGCUCAACCUGUACAUCAAAGCGGUGUCGAACAUCAAGCAGACUGGCAAGAUUUCUGAGGUAGUGAUGCCCAUGAUCUGGUUUGAAGAGAAAGGCUACAUCGAUGGCCCGGUGCUGACCACGUUUUACAGGAACCUGGUGCUGAUGCCCACCAUUCUGGAAUACCUCCAGUAUGUCCUCAUCGGCUUGGGCCUCCUUCUUCUCCUGGGGGCUGUUCUUCUAUGUUACUGGGAGAAGAAACGCAGCUCUGAAGAGUUCGGUCCAUCUCACCCAGUUAAGGACCCGACCUCUUCUGCAACUGAAACGACCCCCCUGCUACAGAAUGGCCCAGACUGAGACCGACAUCCUCCCCAAGCUCCCUCACUCUUACUCACCCCCACCUCACAGAUCCACAGUCCUGGCCUGGUCACCGGGGCAAAGAUUGCUGAAUUGCAUAUGGAGGCCUACCUACCCUGAAAGGCUGUAGGGUUUGGGGUCGUUCCAAGUACCUAACGCUUCCCUGAGUCGAUCAUGUGCUUGAGAAGCAGCAGGAUGUUGACUUUUUGGCACUUAAUCCUCAGGUAUUUGAGGGUUAUUAUAUUUAAUAUAUAUUUUUUAUGCAGCAAUACUGAAAAGUGUCUGGCUUAAACUCACAGCUGGUGGAAGAGCGUCGGGUUCCCAGCGAUUCCCUGACUGAUCCCACACAGCUUUUAAACAUUAGAAAGUGGAUCAAACCACACAGUGACAGAAAUCCCACCCAAAGUGGUUCCAGAGCCGCCUCAUUUCUCCCAUUACUGCUCACACUUGUUUACAUCUGGGGGAAAAAAUUACAACCGUUGCUAUUUAAUUAUGUAGCAGUUAAAUCAUGAAAUAUUUAUGAAUAUGUUUGCAGCAUUAUGGUUUUAGAUUUUUUUUUUUCCCCCUGAUUACCUCGUGCUUCGGAAAACGUGGGGAGAAACGUUGGCCGGUCUUUGGGGUUUAGUUCUCCUCAGAGACACCUGCGCCCUCUGGUGGUUGACUGCAAUGGAACCCUAUGUGAUUUAAUUUAUGUGGCCCAGGUUAAGGGAAUUUGGGAAACGAUGAACUGCUGGAUAAUUAUGAAGGCAUUAAUUGAAAUGCUUUUGAUGAACGUUGUUUCUUAUUGUGCUGCCUCCUUCAGAGUUUUGAUAAAUGGUUGUGUAAAGAAACUACAAUUGCCUCCUUACAUGCCAGUUGAGCUGUUAAUGUGAAUAAGGCAUGAAUGUAAUACUUUGGGCUUUUUCACUAGUGGCCGCAUGAAGCCACUUUUAAUAACGGUCGUUGCGUAACUUCUGCACCUCUACGCGACAUCCGCAUAAAACAUGAACUCAAUGUUAGGUUUACAUGCACUCAAAAUAAAAGGGUAAAUCAAA